AGUGAUACAGUGCCUAGUCUCUCCUGAACGCCUAUAACCAGAACCAGCAUCUGGUCGACUACACGCGCUUCUACAACGACUCAGUCAACGAGUUCAUCGACAUCAAAGAGGACUUCCCGCGGUACCGGAUGCCCGACGGCGUCGCAUUCUGCACGUACCCGUUCCUGCUGUCGCCGACGACAAAGAGCGAAAUCAUCAAGAUCGAGAGCGUCAUUAUGAUGCGCACUGAGCUGCAGGACUCGUUCUUCCGCGCCAUGUUCACUGGCGUCACUUGCCCGUACCUGGUUCUCGAGGUCCGGCGCGACAGCCUCGUCCGAGACACGCUGUACCAGCUGGAUCUGAAGAUGAGCCAGGACCUGCGCAAGCAGCUCAAGGUGCGGUUUGUCGGCGAGGAAGGCGUCGACGAGGGCGGGGUGCAGAAGGAGUUCUUCCAGCUAAUCGUCCGCGACGUAUUCUCAGUCAAAUACGGCAUCUUCACGGCCAACAACGAGUCGCACUACUUUUGGUUCACGCCCGGGUCCGACCCCAGCAAGGAUGCACUGGAGGAGAUGCGGCUGACGGGUCUUUUGAUCGGCCUUGCUGUGUAUAACGCCGUCAUCCUCGAUAUACAUCUGCCACCGGCCAUGUACAAGAAGCUGCUGGGCGUGCCUGCGACGCGCCAGGAUCUGAAGCAGUUUGAUCCGACGCUGUACCGCGGGCUUAUGCAGCUGCACAAAUUGACGGACGAGGAGCUUGAGUACCUGGAGCGCACGUUUGAAGUCGAGUACGAGGAAUUCGGCGAGCUGCGCACCCACGAGCUGGUCCCUGGCGGCGCCAGCAUCCCUCUAACUGUUGCCAACCGCGACCAGUUUAUCGACAAAUACGUCGACUUUAUCUUCAACGUCUCGUGCAACAAGCAGUUCACAGAGUUCAAGGCUGGGUUCGACCGGAUCUGCGGCGGCUCGUUCGUGCGGUGCAUGCGGCCAGAAGAGCUCGAGCUACUGGUGUGUGGCAGCUCCGAUCUUGACUUUGGUGCUCUUGAGAACUCGACCAUCUACGACGGCGGAUACGCCAAGGACACGCCGGUGAUCCAGUUCUUCUGGAAGACUGUCCGCGGCUUUUCGGACGAACUAAAGCGCAAGCUGCUGUUUUUUGCCACAAGCAGCGAUCGCGUGCCGAUUGGCGGGCUGAGCAAGCUGCACUUCGUUAUUGCAAAGAACGGCGGCGACUCGGACCGCCUGCCCACGUCGCACACGUGCUUCAAUGUUCUGCUCCUGCCAGAGUACAAGACCGUGGAGAAGCUCCGGGAGCGGCUGCUGACGGCGAUCCACAACUCUGAAGGAUUCGGGAUGAUAUGAAGAGUACUUCAUAAGAGUGGAUAUGUGGGGGAGUAGUGUGCUUGCGAACGCUUUGCAGGUGCGCUUGUCUGGGGAGGGGGAGCAACCCGUCUCGUCGGCCUGCCCGGAACAGCCAGCGUGGGCCCUCCCCCAGUCUCACUUGGCCAUGUGGGCCACAGCCCA